AUGACAGGGGUAUCAAAAAUCAUCUACCAAAGGGUCCGCGCACUCAGCGGCUACUCCGGAGUAAAGCGCAAAUCGGGCGAUAUCGACUGUGGUAGAACAGAGGAAGCCACUUCCAAAAUCCCAGACCCUCGUGACCCUUCAGAGUUGCUUCGCAAGCUUAAUCAGGAGAACCUGAAGCUCAGAGAGAAUUUGAAAGCUGUAGAAAAGACCGCCGAGGUUGCUCGACGCAACGAGCUCAUUGCAACAGAAAAGAUUCGGCGAUUAAAGGAGAAGCUUGAAGAGACUGUCAAAGCCACAGACAUGGCCAAUGAACAAUUCACAUGGUCUUUGACCAAGCUGAAUCAGUUGCAAAGCUGGACCGAGAAUGUUGACGACGACCAAGUCAGGGCAGACAUGCGUGAUUUGUUUCUCAGGUCUGAAGAUUGGACGAAGCAACAUUUUUCAUCAGGCGCUAGAAUGCCUCACGCCAAGACUGGGGAACAGUGCGACAAGGGCUGUCUACCUAAAGUCGGAUGGUGCCAAAUUAUCGAUACAGACCUCAUUCAAAGCCAACUUGCGGAGUAUAUUGCCGGGCGAAUAUUAUCGCGAUCGAUGAUUGCCGCACCUGAAAAUCCGAGUCCGAUUUUUGACGAACUUGACCGAUACAUUGAGCGAUCCUAUCCUUCACACGUGUGGCAGCACUGGCGCAGUUCAACAAGUGUUGGUUUGACAGCACUCUGCUCCGCGCACAUCAAUAUUACUUGUGAUGACGUCGUGCAGUUCAUCGAGUCUACUUUUGCCUUUUACUCUAACACGGACAGGAACGCUAGAGUCACACAGCUUUUUGAGCUGGUCUCAUCUUGCGUGAGCUUCAAGGAAAAACUCGAGAAGCAAGGUUUCGUCUAUCGGUUCUUCUGGAGCGCCCCAGGCGCCUCAUUUGAUAACGAAGUAAUGCGGAGUUUUACCGGAUUAUGUGGUCCAAAUUUAUUUGUCUCGAGGAGUCGAUGGCCGAUGCUUCUCAAAGGCACAGCUCAGACAUGGACCGUAGUUGAAAAAGAGCUGGUUGAGCUUGUUGAGGGGCCGAGCCUAGAAUUCGGUCUAGAAUCAGCCUGUCUGACUUGA